ACAACAUAUUACAUGUAAAAUUAUAGCAAUGUAACCAUAGUAACCCAAUAGUAUAACUAAACAAAAUUGUAAUAUAGUAUUAUGUAACUUUAAGAAAACAUAUUAUUGCAAUUAUUAGAGAAAUGGGAGAAUUAAAGGCAACUACAAUAAAAGAAGCAUUACUCAAAUGGCAGGAAAAAAAUAAAGAACCACUUGCAGAAGCUGUUUAUGUAGGCUUGCAAUUCCAAUGGCCCCCAAUUGAAAAGAUGGAUGCGAACCUAUCACUUUUAAAGAAUUGCGAGAAAUUAUCACUAAGCACAAAUUGUAUUGAAAAAAUAAGUGGUCUUGACACUUUAAAAAACUUAAAAAUAUUAUCAUUGUCACGAAAUAACAUAAAAAGUUUCAAUGGAAUAGAAAAAUUGGCUGAUACUUUAGAAGAAUUAUGGAUAUCUUAUAAUUAUAUAGAUAAAACGAAAGGUAUUAUGGGCAUGCAUAAACUGAAAGUAUUAUACAUGAGUAAUAAUGCAAUCGAUAGUUGGAGUGAGGUGCAAAAACUUUUAAAAUUGGAAAAUCUUCAAGAGCUUAUAUUGAUUGGUAAUCCCAUACAAGAGUCUAUGGAAGAGCAGGACUGGCGUAAUGAAUGCAUUAAGCGACUAACGCAAAUAUCAAUAUUGGAUGGAAUUCCUAUAAUAAGAGAAUAAUAAUCAUCAUCAGAAUUUUUAAACAAUUAAAUGUCUGUUUGACAAAAUAUUAAAUUAAAUAAAUUAUUAUAUUUCAUAAAAA